CAGAGAGAGAGAGAGAGAGAGAGAGGGAGAGAGAGAGAGAGAUGGUGAUGAUGAUGAUGAUGGCGUCUCUGUCGGCUCGAUUCUUUCAAGCCUCCCUGAAGAACACGUUCUAACAACACCAGCAAAGCGGGAGAGAAAGAAAAGGAGGGAGGAAAAAAAGAAAGGAAGGAUGAGAACAUGACGGAACGGCGUGGCUCUAGACAGACGGACGGACAAAACGCUGACGACUUGACUGACUGACUGACUGACCGUUUUGGCAUCGACACGCACACACACACACACACGCACGCGCGCGCGCCCGCUCGCGCACACGCUCGAGCACAUCCAUAUUCUGGAGAGUAAUUGAGGCGCGAAAAGAAGAAGAAGAAGAAGAAGAAGAAGAAGAAAGACAACCAAAACACCGGAGGUCGGACAUUUUCAUGUCAAGCUCGAACAGCAGUCUCUGUGACCCCAACAGAGAAGAGUGCGACUUUACAGGAUGGGGGUAGUCAGCGAGGGAGAAGACGUUUUAGCACGGUGGAGUGAUGGACUGUUAUACCUGGGCAGCGUCAAAAGAGUAGAUGUUGUCAAGCAGUGUUGCUUGGUCAGAUUUGAGGAUAAUUCGGAGUUUUGGGUCCUCAGGAAAGACAUUCAUUCAUUCUCAGCCAGUGGGGAGGACGUUUGUUGUGUCUGUGACGGGCCACCUCUUAAAGAGCCUCUUAUAAACUGUCUCAAAUGCCGCCACGGUUAUCAUCCGCAGUGCCAUACUCCAACCAUUGAACCCGAGGUUGACAGCAACUCCUGGAUCUGCCGCCAAUGUGUCUUUGCUGUUGCAACCAAGAGAGGGGGAGCCUUAAAACGAGGGCGCUUCGCCCGACUCAUGCAGUUAAUGAAACUGAGGCUGCCCUAUCAGCUGUCGUCUUUAGACUGGGAUCCCCAGCACCUGACCAACCAGCAACAGUGUUACUGCUACUGUGCCGGGCCUGGAGAGUGGAACUUGAAGAUGUUGCAGUGCGGCAGUUGUGGACAGUGGUUUCAUGAAGCUUGCACCCAGUGCCUGACCAAACCUUUGCUUUAUGGAGACAGGUUUUAUCAGUUCCAGUGUUCGGUUUGUACAAAUGGCCCAGAGACUAUUCAGAGACUGCCUAUGACCUGGGUAGAUUUGGCCCAUUUAGUGCUGUAUCAUCUGUCUCUGUGCUGCAAGAGGAAAUACUUUGAUUUCGAUCAUGAAAUAAUGUCCUUCACAAAUGAGAACUGGGAUUCUUUGCUGUUGGGCACGUUGUCAGAUACACCCAAGCAAGAUCGCUGCAACAAUCUGCUCAACGCUUUAAAUUCCCACAAAGACAGGUUUGUCUCGGGCAAGGAAAUCAAGAAGAAAAAGUGUCUUUUUGGCCUUCAAGUGCGAGCUCCUCCUCCGCUGUCGUCUGACUCAUCGCCUCUCAUCGCUGACCAGCCAGUCAGCAUCACACACCGCAGAAGCCCCCUGUCACUGCCGUGCCAGAGACGAACGGUGGUGCCUGAAUCUCGCAAAUCAAAGCGGCGCAUGGUCGAGACACAGCCCUGUCCUCCAGGAGUUACUGCCAACCCGAUAGAUCUGGUGCCAUGUUGCCAUGGUUAUGUAGGUGGGGCGAACAUCUACAACUCCCGAAAAUCGGAGGAGGAAUUAGGCUUGGGGUCACCUCCCAAGAGAAUGUUUGCCCUGUAUCACCCGUCAUAUAAUGGAUCUCAGGGUCUGUCUCGAACUUUGCAUCACUACAGUGCGGAGGACCCUUGUCGGCUUCCAGCUCCCUGUCUCCCCUUUUCGCCCCCUCAUUCAGCUGGCCAGAGGUUCGAGCAAUGCCCCUCACUGUUCCUCCGUGAUGUCACUCCCUACCCCAACGGAGUGGGCAUGGAAGGGUCUGCGGCAAGAGGCUGGGGCGGUGGGGAGGCCGUCAGGAUUCUGGCCAGACGUGUCACACCAGACGGAAAGGUCCAGUACUUAGUGGAAUGGGGAAACGUGGCGGUUUACUAAAAGAGGGAGAGUAAGAAGAGAGUGAAUAUAUAUAUGACAGAAAGAUAGAGAGAGCAGGUGAGAGGAAGAAAGACAGUACAUAAUAUUCAACAGUUGGGGAAAAAAAAUGAGGAAAGCUGUAUGAACCUGCUAACUGGGUGGGAUAUAUAUAUGUGACAGCACUGGACUCGAGUCAAAGCAAGCAAAGAAAAAAAAAAAAACAACAUGAAACAAAUCCAGGUUGAGCUCAACAGCAACUUCACUCUGUGGGAUUAUACUGUUAGAUCUCUUUUCCCCCGCAGGCGUCUCCUAUAUUUUGAAUACUGUUAGAAAACACCCUUAGAAUGCCUUGAACUUUACUAUCAUGAUUUGUAUUAUAUAUAUACGAUAUAAGCUAUCCAUGGUAAUUAUAUGUUGUUUAUGCACUCAUCAUAGUUCAGGAGGUAAGAUUUUGACGAAAGUUUUACGGAGAGGUCAUAAAGUACACCUGCAAUUGUAAUAUUACCUUAACAGGUAAGAAGGGCACCCUUGAGAAAUAAUCCAAGUCGCAUUUAGGCAUUCCUCUUAAUAUGCAAACCUUUUAUGAUUGAUGAUCUAACAGGAGGUCUGAUCAACAAUAUAAUUAGGCAAUAGAGAAAAGUUCGUUUUGCACGUCUGGGGAUCAUCUGAUACGAAAAUGUCGAAUAGCACCUUCAUUAUUCAUUUUGUUCAAGUACACCUUCAAGUGCUCAAGGUAGCAGCACCUUUUUAGGUCAGGUCAUGACCCAUAUUGAGGAAAUUUAAAAUUUCACAUGCUCAAACAUGGAUGUUUCACUCAUGAUCUUCAUGUCAUAUUGUAACCAUAUUUAAGAGACACAGGUGAUGCUAACUAAGCUACACUGAAACAGAACUGCCAUUCUAACUAGCUGACUUUUUUCAUACCUAAUUCUGUUACCAGUUGGUAAGACAUUGUGAAACUUUGAUUUUUUGAUUUUUUUAAUAUGUGCCGUCUAACCCAUCAGUAAGUGUGCACAGCAAAAAAAAAAGUUGAAGUUAAAGGGAUCAGCUGAAAAAUGUUUCCUCAGUUUUUAAAUUAGCUUAGUGAAUGUAAUCACUUUAGAUUUACUUUUCACUGAUUCAGCUACACUGAGCUAAUUUAAAAGUUUUAGAUGUGGUAAUUAUGUGUGUGCGCAGCGUCCUUAAAUGAUUUAAGCAGCCUACUGUAAAUCCUGUAACACCAAUGCGAGGAAAAGAAAUGUACAGCUAUAGAUAACAACAUUUUCCCACAGUGUUCUUCUCAGAGAAGACUAUAUAUAGGCCCAUAUAGAUACAAACACACACACACAAACACACACACACACACAUACACACAUACAUAUGUAUAUGCACUUCAUUAAGUACACCACCUCCCUGUAUCUACACGUUGUCCAUUUAUUAUAUAGGGGCAGUUUUUACUUCUACAAUUCCAGGCUAUAGCCCAUCUGAUCUUCUGCACUCUUAGUUAGGCCCUUUUCACCCUGUUAUUAAAUGGUCAGUACCCCCACAGGACACCACAGAAAUUUUAAACACAGAGUUUUAGUGUCACUGCUGGACUGAGAAUAGUUCACCAACCAAAAAUAUUCAGCCAGCAGCGUCCUGUGGGUAAUGUCUUGUGGUCACUGAUGAAGGAUUACAAAAUGACCAACGCAAACUGCAGCAACAGGCAAGCUACGGUCCCAAUCUUUACAUUUACAAGGUUGAUCAACAAGGUAUGAGUGUCUAAUAGAGUGGACAGUGAGUGGACACAGAGUUUAAAAACACUGGCAGCACUGCUGUG